CAGCGAGUGACAAAUAAUUACCCAGCUUGGAAGAGUAAAGUGUUUUUCUAGUGGAUCCACUGAUGUUUUCAUCCAAAAUUGUGAAGAAGAGGCUGCAUGGCGGAGGUGUGCUCUAUGGGGAGUACCAGGAACACCAGGGGGGGUCCGGCAGACGGGAGGCCACACGACUGCUGACAGAGAGGCAGAUCAAGAAACAUGGCAGCCACCACCGCGGCCACGGGAGGGCACGGCACGGACACGGCCGCCGGAGCCACGGCCAGAAUGGGUUCCACGGUCGCCACGGACACCAGCACAGCUACCACCGACACAGGACCAGGCAUCAGUCCGACAUGGAGACGGAGGCCGCGGAGGAGCAGCCGGCCGAACCCGAGCUCACGUCGUCCAUGAAGAAGAAGCGGUCCUACUCCAAGUGUAGAGAUUGCAUCGCUCGGGUGCAGCGGUUCCUCGUGACCAGACUUGGAGAGGACUGGAUCUUCCUGGUCCUGCUGGGCAUCACCAUGGCUCUGGUCAGCUGGACCAUGGACUACGCCAGCGCGAAGAGCCUGCAGGGUUCUGGUAUCCCCGAGUUAAAGACCAUCCUCAGAGGUGUGGUGCUGAAAGAGUAUUUGACCCUGAAGGCUUUCGUGGCGAAGGUCAUCGGCCUGACAGCAGCUCUGGGCAGCGGCAUGCCUGUGGGGAAAGAGGGCCCGUUUGUUCACAUUGCCAGCAUCUGCGCAGCUGUUCUCAGCAGGUUCAUGUCUUUCUUCUCAGGAGUUUAUCAGAAUCCAUACUGCUACACAGACAUCCUGACAGUGGGCUGUGCUGUCGGGGUCGGCUGCUGCUUUGGAACUCCACUCGGAGGUGUGCUCUUCAGCAUCGAGGUCACAUCCACCUACUUUGCUGUGAGAAACUACUGGAGAGGAUACUUUGCUGCCACUUUCAGUGCCUUCAUAUUCAGAGUUCUGUCCGUGUUCAACAAGGACGCAGUCACCAUCACAGCUCUGUUCAGGACAAACUUUCGCAUGGACUUUCCCUUCGACCUCCAAGAGCUGCCGGCCUUCGCCAUCAUUGGGAUCUGCUGUGGGUUUCUGGGGGCGUUCUUCGUCUAUCUCAACAGACAGGUGGUGCUCUUCAUGAGGCGACCCAACGCCAUGACCCGCUUCCUGAUUAAACACCGGCUGGUUUUUCCUGCGGUGGUAACGCUGGUCAUCGCCACCCUGACCUUCCCGCCCGGGUUCGGCCAGUUCAUGGCUGGAGAGCUGAUGCCCAGAGAGUGCAUCAGCUCGCUGUUUGACAACUUCACAUGGACGAAGAUAUCGGCUUCUCCUCCUCCCGUCGGUCUGGGCCGCUCUGCCGCCUGGCUGCACCCCGACGUCAGCGUCUUCAUCAUCCUGCUGCUCUUCCUGCUCAUGAAGUUUUGGAUGUCUGCAGUCGCCACAACGAUGCCAAUACCAUCCGGAGCCUUCAUGCCUGUCUUCAUUCUAGGAGCGGCGUUCGGCAGGCUGGUCGGGGAGAUCAUGGCCACCCUCUUUCCUCAUGGGAUUGUGUUCGAUGGCAUCCUGUACCGCAUCAUCCCUGGAGGGUACGCAGUGAUUGGAGCGGCGGCGUUGACCGGAGCCGUGACUCACACGGUGUCCACGGCGGUGAUCUGCUUCGAGCUGACGGGUCAGAUCUCCCACAUCCUGCCCAUGAUGGUGGCUGUGAUCCUGGCCAACAUGGUGGCCCAGGGCCUGCAGCCCUCGCUGUAUGACUCCAUCAUCCAGGUCAAGAAGCUGCCGUACCUGCCGGAGCUCGGGUUCGGACACAUGAGUCAGUACAACAUCUUUGUUGGGGACAUCAUGGUGAGGAAAGUGAAGUUCAUAUCCUCCCAGUCCACGUACAGAGAGGUCAAACACCUGCUGGACUCGUACUCGCUCAAAUCCAUCCCGUUGGUCGACUCCAAAGACUCCAUGAUCCUGCUGGGCAGCAUCGACAGGGUGGAGCUGCUGGCUCUCUGCGACUGGUGGCUGUCUCCUGAAAGAAGGUUCCUGAUGCAGGGUCGCAGCCUUCAGGAGCAGAACCAGACUCAGAGACACAGCUGGGAGUCCUUCGCCUUCGUGGAUGAGGAAGGAGAAGAGGAGGAUGAGAAGAGCGCCCCGGCGCAGGAGGAGAGGAACGGGCCCCUGCCGAACCCGAAGCCCCUGGAGCCGUCCUCCAACCACAGCGCUCCCGUCCCCGACAAAGGUCCUCUCCAGUCCGUGAGGAAAACACUCAGAAGCCUCUUCACCUCCGCCAAGAGACCCGCAGAGGGGCCGUCACAGGAGCCGCAGCCUCCUCUGAUCUCUGACACGAUGACCCCAGAAGAGAUCAAAGCGUGGGAAGAGGCAGAGAUGGACAAGCCGAUGGAAAUCGAUGAGAUCCGAGUGGACCCUUCGCCUUUCCAGUUGGUGGAGAGAACGUCGUUACACAAGACCCACACCUUGUUCUCGCUGCUGGGCCUGAGCCACGCUUAUGUGACCAGUAUCGGCAAACUGGUGGGGGUGGUGGCGCUGAAAGAGCUCCAGAAAGCCAUCGAGGGCUCCACCCGCUCGGGGGUCCGCCUCCGGCCCCCCCUGGCCAGCUUCCGGGACAUCAGCAACCACAACUCCGUCUCCAAGCCUCCGCCGUCGUCCUCCACCUCCCCGUCGUCCCCGUCCUCUCCGUCCUCCACCUCCCCUCCUUCGCCUCAAAUCGUUCCAGAGCCCGCCGCCCCGCCGCCCACGCCCCCCCAUCACCACCACCACCACCACCACCACCACCUCCACCCCCACCACGGCCACCUGAACGAGACGGAGGUGUGGAUCGAGGGCGUCUCCAGGGAGCCGAGCAGCAGCGGCAGCGUGGGCAGCAGCAGCACGGCGGCCUCCCCCUCAGCCAGCCCCAGCUGCAGCUGCAGGAGCAACCUCACCCUCCCUCCGUCAUCCACGCCUCCCCCCGUCCCGUCUCCACCCGCCACCCCUCCGCCUCCUCCCCCGCUCUCUCCCCCCUCCCCGUCCAUCUCCCUCUCCACUCUGAGGGUCCUGCAGGGGCUGCUGGAGGCGGCGGAGGACAGCGACGACGAGCCAAUGGUUUAGCUUCAGCUUCCACAUGAAUGAGGCCUUCCAAAUCAAUGGCAAACCUCCGUUGCUCUGAGGAGACGUGAACCCGGCGAACCGCUCCAGUCUUCAGCGCUACCUGAUCGUUUGUGUCUUUAAAAGAGGGAUUUUUAUCACAGGAGAACAGGCGCUAUUGAUUUCUUUCUCUCUUUUUUUUUUCUAAACUGGCAGCAGACCAUCUGGGUAGCAGGAGACUAAUGGAGCUGCUCAGUCCACUGUGGAAGAUUGGCCAGAGCCCCACAACGACCUCCAAAUUGUCUGCUGACCUUGUGGAUGCAGCCUCGGAGCUCAUCUCAUCACGGUUAAGUUGAUAGAUGGUGCAGUUAAGGGCGGCUGACGACAGCACAGCCACAGGUUUUUUUUUUUUCUUUUCUUUUUUUUUCCCCCAUAAUCAGAACGAUGCCUCCCACAUCGGACCGAGAGCCGUGUUCAGAUCGCACAAAGAAUACGAGUAAAGCACAGAGGGGAGAAAAAACAGGAUUUCUAUCUAACUCAUGACAUUAAAGAUCAGUUUAUAUCCAGGUGAUGUUUGCAGGAAUUUCUUGGAUUGUUUUGUACCAAAGCCAAAGUUCAGCCUGAAUGUUCUUACAUUUUCCUUUUAGAAGAUAACUCCAUGUGACCGUGCCUUCUUUGGUUCCUGGUAUUUACUCUACCCUAACCAGGAGUAUGAAAUGGUUACUAAAUGGGUAUUCAGGUAAAAAAAUUCAGAAGCUGUACCUCCAUUCACACCUGUGCUGCACAGUUAAAACUUUGUCACAAUGUUCACACCUCAAAAUGAGACGCAGACUUAUGACGACAGUGAGGUAUUUUCCAAUUACAGUUUCAAUUAUUUUAAUGAAUGAUCAAUCACCAGCACGUCUGUUUACCUCGGCGCUGCCAUGAUGAUUACACGGUGCUCACUAGAAUCUGAUUGACUUUUAAUGAAGACGUAAAACUGAAAAUGCUGUUUGAUGUUUUGUGCACAAAGAAAAUAAAGUUCUUUUUUUAUUUCCUCAUUUCAAAAAAUUGAAAUCUACUCCAAUGUUCGAUCCUAUUUGUGGAACUGUUUGAAUUCUAAAUGCUGAACUGACUGAAAAUUGGUAGUUUAAUCCUGUCAGUGUUUUUGACUAAACCAUAUAUUUGAUAUUGACUACCUUGGUAUUCCAGCUACUUCCUGACUUUGAUCAACUCUGUAAAAGAUUAUUUUACACUUUUAACCAUGUUUUAAUGUUAUCGUUCAAGAAUUGCACACUGAGGCUUUAAACUUAAAUCCCCUUUUAACAGAUGUUUAAUGCACUUUUUUUGUCUGAAGGACAAAUUUUGGACUUGCAGUAUUUUUGAAAUGCCGCUGUGUGUCUAAUACCUGAAUUUAUGCACCUGUCAUUUUUCCUGUCAUCCCGCUCCUUCUUCCUCUCUCCUUCUCAUCUACCGGACUCAGUUUCUCAGGUGCUUCGAAGUCUUUAAAGCUCCAGAUCUAUUACUCUCUCCCUGUCUGUCUGGAGAGGGUCGCUCUGUACAGGUCUGAGUGCGCAGUCUUUUCGUUGUGUUGACCAUUAUGUCUGGAUUUAUUUCUGUUUACUAGAGCCAAGUGUUUUCUCAAAACUUUGUAAAACUGUGAAUAGUGUAGUUUAAUAAAGUGUUAUGUGAAAUGUGUUCACGCUGUGA